ACCAUGGUACUAGUGUGGCUGAGUCAGAGUGUAUGACAUUUUUCGGGUGGAAAGGGUGUUCUGAUGCAAUAAAGGUUUUUUAAAGUGGAAUUCGAAGAACCACUGAAAAAAAGAUGGGGAAUAUAAGUUCAGGAAAACGAGACAGAAGAUGUUCAUCUGACACAGAAUGUUUUCCAGUGUCCCCAACUAAAGAAAAGAAUAAAGAAACUGGAAAGAAAGGCAAACAAGGACGUCAGAGGUCUUCAGAAGAGGUAGAAGAUUUUCCUACCUAUACAAAGGAACCAGUCUCAAGUAUUAGUAACAAUACUAUACCAAUUAGUGUCAACAGCAAUGAGACAACUUUGCCAACUGUCUUUAAAUGGGAUGGAGGAGGCAAGGAAGUCUAUAUUAGUGGGACUUUCAGUGGCUGGGAACCCAUAAAGAUGAUAAAUAGCUAUGGAGAUCAUAUGCUGAUAUUAAACUUGGAAGAAGGAGAACAUCAGUACAAGUAUCUAGUGGAUGGUCAGUGGCAACAUGACACUGUUGAGCCAGUUUGUGACAAUGGAAUGGGAUCAAAGAACAAUGUCAUUAGAGUAAGAAAAGAAGAUUUUCAAGUAUUUGAAGCCUUAGAAAUGGACAGCAUCAGUACUAGUGGUGCUCUUUCUGAAGAUUAUUCACAAGAAAUUCCUGAGCGAGGAUCUCAAGUUAAAAAUCCUCCUUUACUUCCCCCUCAUUUACUUCAAAUUAUUCUCAAUCAAGAGGUUUCUAUCUCGUGUGACCCAACCCUACUUCCAGAACCUAACCAUGUCAUGCUUAAUCACCUGUAUGCUCUCUCAAUAAAGGAUGGUGUUUUGGUACUGAGUGCUAGCCACCGUUACAAAAAAAAAACUGUUACCACUGUUUUCUACAAGCCUGUUUGACAAUAUCAGUGUAUGGGGGAAACUUUUCUACCUAUGAUCCUCUAUAGAAAAUAUGGAAUCAUUUCCCAUUUGCUCUGUAGAUCACCAGCAAAAAAUAUUUCGGAGAAGUUAAGCAAGUAACAUGGUAACUAAUGUUGCCAGAAUAUUUUUGUGCAUAAUAUACACAUUGCUGAAGAAAAAAUAUAUUUAAAAAAAAUUAAUUAAAUAUUUAUUAGUCUUUCAAGAGUUUAUGGAGAUGUAUGUAUUUUGGGUAUUAACUUUUUGUAUGAUCUGAAUCGUUAUUUAUAGCAAGGUUGUUAAAGUAAAUCGCCUUGUAUGCUCCAGAUUAAGAUUAUCAGAUGUAGGAACAUGUUAUUGCAAUGCAUAUUUAAGAAAUGAAGAUGCAAUUCACCAUAACUGAACUUGGUCAUUUAAAACAUGCAACAAAUUCUUUUCUCAUACUAAAAUUGUUUCAAAUUUAAGUACAAUUAAUUGCUUAGUUACAUAUUUUUGAAUUAUCUAGAUUAAUAUCAAAACAAAGGCAUUGUGCAGCAGCAGCAACAACUGUUCUUUUAGGUAUUGUGAUAUUGGCUAAAUGUUUGUUUUUUCUCUUUUUUUUUUUAUGUCUAAGAUCCUUACAGAAUAAGCCUACUGGUUUUAAUAUGGUUAACCUUGUGCUAGUGCCUUUGAUAAGUUACUUAUGAACUCUGAAUUUUUAAAAGUACAAGUGAAGUAUAUGUAAAGGUCUAUAGCUCUGUUUAUCUAUCUUGGAAAAUAAAAAUAAAGAAUUUUAUAGUAAGUACUUUUGUUUAGAAUUAAGAAAUUAAAUUUUGUAGAACUAUAAUGUUGUUCCAAGCAGAAAUGUAACUUUCAAAAACUUUUGAGGUAAUAACAAUCGGUUGUUUAAAAUUGAUUUAUUUACCAGAUACAUAACUUAUUUUUUAUUCCUUCACCACUAUUUGAUUUUAUAAUUAACUUGUUCUUACUACAAAGCAAAGAACUAAAUACGCUGAAAAAUGAUUUAUAACAAACUAAUGGGAAAUGCAUUGUUUAUAAAUUGGUCUUUACAUUAAGAUGUAUAAAUAAUGAAAUGUACAUGCUGAACUUUUCAGUAACCUUAUUUUUAAUUGGAAUUUUAUGCUUCAAGUAAGAACCACUAAUUUAUAAUUUAAUCUUGGUACAGAUAUAUAGUACUAAAGCAGUAACUUUACAGAUUCUACCAGAUUUUAGCUUAAGAAUUGAGAAAUGGUCACAUAGAUAUGUUGGAAGAUUACUGAAAUAUUUCAUUCUUUAGAUCUAAUAAGUUGUAAAAUAUAAUGAUUUUAAAUGUAUUACUGAUAUUGCCAACUAGUCAAGGUAUUGUGUAAUUUGGUCAGGUGAGAUGUUUCUAAUUCAAUGUAGACCUCUUUGUUUAUAGAUGGCACAUCUUGUGUUUUCGUUGUAUGUCAAGUCUUCCCACUGAGUAAACGUCCACCUUUAGUCAAUAUAUCCAAAUAGGUAUUAGACUUAAUGUAGUGUACUUUCAUUGAAAUAUUUUCUAAAUGGUUGUGAAAAUCCAUCCAGAAUAAAUGAAUGGGUAUAAUAACUUUUGGUCAGAAGCAGAAUUUUAUUUUUUGAGAUUUCUUCUUUUUAUGCUGCUCUACCCAUCUUUAUUUUUGUAUCUGCAAAAAUUACAUGAAAUAACAAACGUUUGAGAAUUUAUACAUCUGUGUACUGCUACAAACUUUUGUCUGAGAUUAGUUUUUGUUUUGUAUUACUUAAGUUUUUGAAGUUUGUAAAUUUGUGUUAAUUUAAAAUUUGAAUACUUAAG